CAAUAUAUCAGAGUAUACCUCAAAGGUGAAAUUGAGCUCUGACUUGGAGCCGCUAUAUCCGCCCACGUACGCCAUGGACCAACCCAUGUCAGAUUAUCUGAACACUUGGUAUUCGCCGAAUAUCCAAGUGCAACAAGCCACACGUUCUCAUACGAAUUUUGCAUUUCCAGUAGCUCAGCAAGCCUUUCAAGACGGAUUAAACCGUUUCGCCUCAGACCUAACAAACGAUGUCGACAAAGUCGUUUUCUCCCAAAGUUUCAGCAGUAUACAAGACAUUCAAGCCUUAGUUCGCGAUUCGCUCGUGAGAUACUCGGAUGAGAAGCGGUUCUACAAGACUAGAAAGUGGCUCCAGCGAACCAUUUCCAAGAUUCAUCAUUAUGGCAAUGUUAUGGAUGUUCUGGUUCAGCACCAUCCUGAGUAUAUUUCACUGGCUUGGGGAGCGAUGAAACUCGUCCUCGUAUCUGCACAAAAUCAUGAAGCCACGAUGUGUCUCAUUUCAAAAGCCCUCUCACAAAUCGCAGAAUCACUACCUCGCGUCGAACUCAUAACCAUUCUGUAUCCAACUGAACGGAUAAAGCAAGCAGUCAGCAACCUCUACGCCAACCUUGUGCGUUUUUUCAUUCGAGCUCAUGAAUGGUGCCAGGAGGGCAAAUUACUCCAUCUCAUUCAUAGCAUCACUCGCCCUCCAGAGCUUCGAUAUCGAGAUCUUCUGGAGGACAUUACGGUAAACGCACGGGAGAUCGAUCACUUAGCUGCCUCCAGCGCCCAGGUGGAAAUCAGGGACAUUAGUUUCAAACUGAACACCAUCGCCGCCAAAUUAGAAUCGUUUCAAGCGACACAAUCGAGCGCCUUAUUACAUACAAACCAGACCAUAGUAGCAAAACUAGAGUCAUUCCAGGCUCUACACUCAAGCGCGCAGCUGGACACAAACCAAAAACUCUCAGAUCUACAGUUCUCACAGAUCAUGUCGCACAUCUCCAAGGGAAAGCUCGGUGAUCCCAUGGAAGCUUUUCGUUUCAACAUAUCGCUGCAGAUGCGUCAGGACCGCGCUCGGUUCUAUGGGACGACCAAUGAGUUCUGGCAGUCGCCAAAGCUCAAAGUUUGGUCUUCAGCACCAGAGUCGAAAGUGGCUAUUAUUAAAGGUGGUUAUCAUGCCCGCCAUGCUUCGAGGAAAUUCUGCAUCAAUAUAAUUCAGCAACUGCAAUCGAAAAACAUCCCUGUGGUCUGGGCUCUUCGAGGGCCGCAGAAUAAUGCCGAGGAGGGCAAAGCCUCAACCACAGAUUUGUUUAAACACCUCAUUUUACAGGCGUUCAAAUUACCACCAGACUGUAUCACGGAGAGCACCAUGUCUCUUCAAUGCGCACAGUUCCAUCGAGCUAACUUGGAACAAGACUGGCUUCAACUACUCGGGUCAGUAUUGCUCCGGGCCAGAAGUCAGAUAUACUUAGUCAUCGAUCUCAUGACUAUAGACCAUAGCCUUUCGCCAACAGAAGGCUUCUCGUGGUUCGCGGCAUUUCAAAAUCUCUUUAGGGAGAUGAUAAAACGAGCGCCAAAGCUGCAAGUUAAAGUGUUGCUUCUCGGAAAUAGUCUCAGUUUCGGGGCUUCUGAAGUCCAUCUUGUACCUUCUGACGUGGUAAUACCUAUCAAAGUGACACAGACGCCCGUUCGAAGGCGGCGACGAAAGGAUCCGCAUACAGAAGCUUACCAGCGUAAAAGCUAUCUUAAGUUUUAAUUAGUUGAUCUACUAAAUGACCUUAAGCUGUUUAUUAUAUAAGCCGCCUAGGUUAAGGGCCCCGAUAAAUUGCCUUUCUCUUUAGCUUAAAAGGGCCUUUAGAACCCUAUAGAUUCAAUACAAUAGAAGCCAAAAUGUCUGCCCCAU